UGCAGGAUUGUGCACCUCUGUCUGAGAAAAGCAGACCAGAAGCUGGUGAUCAUCAAACAAAUACCUGUGGAGCAGAUGACCAAAGAUGAGCGUCUUGCAGCCCAGAAUGAAUGUCAAGUGCUGAAACUAUUAAAAUCAUCCAAACAUCAUUGAAUACUAUGAGAAUUUCUUAGAAGACAAGGCCCUUAUGAUUGCAAUGGAGUAUGCUCCUGGUGGCACUUUAGCUGAAUACAUCCAAAAACGCUGUAAUUCCCUUCUAGAUGAAGACACUAUCCUGCACUUCUUCGUCCAGAUCCUCCUUGCUCUCCAUCAUGUGCACAAUAAGCUCAUUCUUCAUCGGGACCUGAAAACCCAGAACAUCCUGCUGGAUAAACAUCAGAUGAUUGUCAAGAUAGGAGAUUUUGGCAUUUCAAAAAUUCUCAGUAGCAAGAGCAAGGCUUAUACAGUUGUGGGAACUCCAUGUUACAUCUCUCCAGAACUAUGUGAAGGAAAGCCCUACAACCAGAAAAGUGACAUCUGGGCACUUGGAUGUGUCCUCUAUGAACUUGCAAGUCUUAAAAGGGCAUUUGAGGCGCCGAACUUGCCUGCUUUAGUGCUGAAGAUCAUGAGUGGGACUUUUGCCCCUAUUUCUGACCGAUACAGUCCUGAACUCCGCCAGCUUAUACUUAGCAUGCUGAACCUGGAUCCUUCCAAGCGACCCCAGCUGAAUGAGAUCAUGGCUCAUCAUAUCUGUAUACCUGCACUUCUUAAUCUGUACAGUGACAUUGGCAGUGUCAAAAUG